AUGCGCCAUGCGCAGACGAACCGCGUCUUCUCCCAGAACAUCACGUACACGUCGAACGCGAGGCCGCAGCUCGCCUUCCUUUCGAUCCCCUCCAAGAAACCAGCCGCCCGCUUCCUCACGACCGAGACCAAACAACGGAUUAAGUACGAGGCCAAGAUGGUGGCCCGAAUCCUGCUGCGGGGUGCGUUCCAGGCGCCGCAUCGCCCGGAAGCUGUGCGUGUGGAUUGGGUAGAGGUCAUAGAAACGUGCCUGGACGCGAUCAGGAGACUGGAAGACCCAAACAUCGAUGGGAAGGGGAUCAAGGAGCUCGUGGAGGGGUCCAUCUACAUCGAAGGGGUCGGGAAACUCGGCUACGAUGUCACGGACAAGAGCGAAAAUUGGAGGAGGGGCUACUACGAGACGCUGAUGUUAGCAGGAAGGGCUGCCGAGCAGCUAGACGGUUGGGUCGUUGACAAGAGCCGGGGCGCCGUGUUCCCGCCCGACGUUGUCCUUGGGCCGUCUAACCCUAACCCUAAGCCGAUUGCUGCGGGGUCCCGAAGCGCGCCUCGGGAAGAGGAUUGCGAAACGGCUUACGAACCUGCGGAAAACUACUAUCUUCGCAUCUUGACGACCAAGGGGUUCACGUCGAGGCAAAAGAUGGACGCCGCGCUCGCCUACGCGUCGUUCCUCGACUUCAAAACCUGA